AUGUACGAUACUCGUGCACUACAUGAUACUCGUGCACUACAUGAUACUCGUGCACCACAUGAUCCUCGUGCAUUGCAUGAUACUCGUGCACUACAUGAUGCUCGUGCACUUCAUGAUACUCGUGCACUACAUGAUCCUCGUGCACUACAUGAUACUCGUGCACUACAUGAUCCUCGUGCAUUGCAUGAUACUCGUGCACUACAUGAUCCUCGUGCGCCACGUGAUCCUCGUGCGCCACGUGAUCCUGGUGCACCACGUGAUCCUCGUGCACCACGUGAUCCUCGUGCACCACGUGAUCCUCGUGCACCACGUGAUCCUCGUGCACCACGUGAUCCUCGUGCACCACGUGAUCCUCGUGCACCGCGUGAUCCCCGUGCGCCACAUGAUCCUCGUGCACCACAUGAUCCUCGUGCACCACAUGAUGCUCGUGUUCUAAAUGAUCCUCGUGCACCACAUGGUGAGUACCAUGCGCCACGAGGUCCUUUAUAUCAACACAUGGACGAGUCACUGCAGCACCACGUGAGGUCCUUUAUAUCAACACAUAUGGACGAGUCACUGCAGCACCACGUGAGGUCCUUUAUAUCAACACAUAUGGACGAGUCACUGCAGCACCACGUGAGGUCCUUUAUAUCAACACAUAUGGACGAGUCACUGCAGCACCACCCUCUACCCACCAUGCCACCAUCAUGGGGUCCCUAUAAGACUGACAUAUGCAAGGGUAACUGUCAGCAUAACCAGUUAAAUACAUAUAAGGAACAGUUUGCCUUCUGA